AAAAGACAAAAGUUAGUAAUUUAUUGUAUUACUGGCAUUGCAGCAGCGCCUAGAAGUCCCAGGUUUGAAUCAGGAUCCCAUUUUGCGGUGUACAAACACAGGACAAAUAGUUUGGCUCCAGAGAGCCUCAACGUAUUGCUAAGAAAUCGUAGGGUUUGGGAUUGGUAUUGUAAGAUAAGUGUUUCUGAGAAGUGGGAGGAAAAAUAAAAUUUUUUAAUAGAAAAUUGAAUAAGGCUUUUUGCAGUUUCAUCUGCAAUUAAUUUGGGCCCAAUUUAACUAUUUUUUUAUUUUUUUUCCUCUCUGAGGGGUACAAAAAUGAGUCCAUCCCUCAGCACAAGCAGGCAGCUUGAGAUGCAAAUACCCAUUCUGAUAUACAUAUUAAAACCUGCUAUUUUCUUGGCAUGCUCCUAAUGAAUCUUACUGAAGCGGAGAGCCUGCAGUAGCCAUGAUUUUUUUCCAGUCAUCUGCACGAUAAAUGUGGAGUCCCUAAGAAAUUGUAUUUGUGCUGCUGUUUUGUGAAAGCAUUAAAUGGGGAUAACGUGUGUCUGAGCUGCUGCUGGCAUUAGAUGUGGAGCACACUGCAAUCCAAUCAUGUACAGCAACAGCUUUAGAGAAAUGCGAGGAUGUAUUCAAAUGACAUACCAAGAGUAAUUCUAAUUAGGUAAGCAGAAAGCAACUAGAUAAGUAAUAAGAAGCAACAAAAAAAAAUGGAUCAUGAUGGUAAAGGAUUGCAGUUACGAAAAGUGAUGGUUGUCUUUGAAGUUUGUGUCAUUUAUUAAGCAUUGCCAGGUAGGUUUGUUGCUUCUUCCUGGGUGUCCCCCAAAGUUUUCACGUUAAUUUCCAUAUCCUGUCUGGCAUGCUAAGCACUGUAUCAUGUUGUUAGGUCAUUCUUGGUAUGGUGGCCAGUGGGUUUACAGCCCAGGUAGCAAUCCAUCAGUGGCUGGUAUGUUUGCUCUGCUCUGCCAAAAGUAUCUUUGAGAACUGUCUGGCCCCUUAGAGAGCAUCAGAAUGUGUCAGUUGUUGAAUUGGCAUCAGCCCCUCCACAGUGGAAAGAGAUAGUGUGACUUGAGCCUUGGCUGCGAUUUCGGAACUUGAAGGCUUUUUCAGCUUUUAUAUACCCUUCUUAACAUCUAAUGACAGAGAAGAUGACGUAAAAGUAUUUCCAGGAAUUAGCUGGCUGCCUCCAAAUGAGCCGAUCCCUGAGGUGGAUAAACGCUCAUGGCUUCUCAAGGAUUUAUUUGUCUGCAUCUUGUUCUGUGGCAUACACCCCAUCUGCAAACACUGAAGGCAGGCUUUGGAUUAAGCCUGGCUUCAGUAUUUGCAGGAGGAGUGCCACCUGGCAGAAGAACCGUAAGAACCUGCCUUCUGCGAGUCAGAAGCAGGGCUGUUCUCUGUAGUGCUCCGGCAGUUGCAGCUCUUCAGUUUGUUCUGCAGCUGCAGAGUGAGUUUUGCUUUAACUUCACACUACAGAACAAAACUUGAACCUCUCUGCUUGGUAAGCCAGACAGAAAUGAUGGGAAAUUGCUUAGCAAAAAAGGCAAGGAUGGAUAAUUGGCAGGGAGGGUAAGAUAGGCUCAAAAUGUCUAGUGUAUGCUUAUGCCCCAAAUUUUGAAGAAAGCUUAAUAACUGAUAGCUCAACUUAAUGAUAAGUCAUAAUUACUUUGCAGUUCCCUUCCUCCCCCCAAGGUAAAAGCUACUUAAAAUCAGGCUGCGAUUCCUCAGUUACUCUGGUAAUAGGGACUCUGCCAGAGCCUAUUGAGUCAGUUGCCUUGUAACCAUAAGGGCUUUUCAAAAGGACAAUCUGAAGUCAAUCUUACAGAAACUAAGGUGCCUACAUAUGAGUAAUGUUUAUACUUCUUCAAAAUAGGAACACGAAUAAAAUCUCUGUCCUACUGCAGCAUCUAAGUAAGAACAACGCAGACAAAGCAUUAGACAGCGAUGAGGAACUGCAUGCUACAACAAGCCAAACCCACUGCUUCUGUUUGUCGUUAAGCCUCCAUGUAGAGGAAGAAAUCAGUCUCAUGAGUGACCUAGUCAUCUUGGAGAACAUGCCAAAAUAAGCCCAGCUUACCGCAUUCCAGAGGCAGCUUCUGGGAUAACUGAGCAAGGAUAGACCGCAAAAUACAUUACACACUGGACCAUGGAUGGAGCAGCUCAUGGUGCAGGACCAGCACCACCAGACCACCGACAGGAUCUUACCCCAGUGCAGAGAUGGAAACUUCCACACACAUCCCUUUGGCUCUUCAGUUUAGCUCUGACAGUCAGUCGCUGAAGGUGAAAAAGCUGGUGCUGGUUUUGCCUGUGUCAAGUCAUGGACAGAAUCAUUUAUCUCAAGGAUCAGUGUCAGUCCUUACCUCCCACUGCCAGACUUUUCCCCUCUUUGGACCAAUAUUAGCAUUAACCACCUGCACAAUUCUGACUUAAAUGUCACCACUGCUUCAAUUGCAUCAAUUGGCAAAAGCAGUGUUGGAGAAGGAAAAUCUGAGAAUGAUGUACUGGUCCAGUACUGCAGAGAAGUUCUGCAAGUGUUGCAGCUCGCCACUGCUGCAGUACAAAGCAUGGUCUGUGCUCCUGUUCAUCUUCCCAAUACCGUGCAGGCACCGAGGGCCAUUUCUGUUCCCAUUAUCUUUGAUUAGUGAAGUGAGACUGUUUACAGAAGAUAUCAGCAUGAAUAACAUCACAAGGCUACCAGAGGAUGCAUUCAAGAACUUUCCGUACUUGGAAGAGCUGCGACUGGCUGGCAAUGACCUUUCUUUUAUCCAUCCAAAGGCCUUGUCUGGGUUGAAAGAACUCAAAGUUCUAACCCUGCAGAACAAUCAGCUGAAGACUGUACCUAAUGAGGCCAUCAGAGGGUUGAGCGGUUUACAGUCCUUGCGUUUAGAUGCCAACCAUAUUACUGCCAUACCAGAAGACAGUUUUGAGGGUCUGGUGCAAUUGCGUCACCUUUGGUUGGAUGACAACAGUCUGACAGAAGUUCCCAUCUACCCGCUCAGCAAUCUUCCCUCUCUGCAGGCGUUAACACUGGCUCUCAACAAAAUAACACACAUUCCUGACUAUGCAUUUACAAACCUUUCAAGUCUUGUUGUUCUUCAUCUUCAUAAUAAUAAAAUAAAAACUAUGGGAAAACACUGCUUUGAUGGAUUAGACAACCUUGAAACCUUGGAUUUAAAUUAUAAUAACAUGGUAGAGUUUCCUGAAGCCAUAAAAGCACUCCCAAGUCUAAAGGAGUUGGGAUUUCACAGUAACUACAUUUCCAUAAUUCCUGAUGGUGCAUUUGCAGGAAACCCCCUUCUAAGAACGAUACAUUUGUAUGAUAAUCCUUUGUCUUUUGUGGGGAACUCAGCAUUUCAGAAUUUGUCAGAUCUGCAUUCCCUGAUCAUUCGGGGUGCCAGCAUGGUGCAGUGGUUUCCUAAUUUGACAGGAACUGUUAAUCUGGAGAGUUUAACUCUAACAGGGACCAAGAUAAACAGUAUUCCUGUUAAUUUAUGCCAAGAGCAAAAGGUGCUACGAACUUUGGACUUGUCUUAUAACAAUAUAAAGGACCUGCCAAGUUUUAAAGGCUGCCAUUCCUUGGAAGAAAUUUCCUUACAGCACAAUCAAAUCCAUGAAAUCACAGAGGAUACCUUUCAAGGACUGUCUUCCCUUCGUGUCCUUGACCUCAGUAGAAAUCGGAUCCGACAAGUCCACAAGGAAGCUUUCACCACUGUUGGAGCUAUUGUUAACCUAGACCUGAGUUUCAAUGAACUCACUUCAGUUCCAACCGAAGGAUUGAGUGGACUGAACCAACUUAAACUUACAGGCAAUUCAGAGUUGAAAGAAGCUUUGGCAGCAAAGAACUUUGCAAAGCUCCGGUCACUCUCUGUACCAUAUGCUUACCAGUGCUGUGCAUUUUGGGGUUGUGAUUCUUACUUAAACUCUAAUGCUGAAGAUUCCGGUCACCAACAUCAAGGUGCCUUGCUGGAUCGUAAGAAGGCUGAUGCAGAUGUUCUAAGAAAUGAGGAAAAUGCGGAACUGGGACAGACUAUUAUUCACUGUACACCAGCAACAGGUGCUUUUAAGCCUUGUGAAUAUUUAUUGGGCAGCUGGAUGAUUCGACUUACUGUUUGGUUCAUUUUUUUGGUUGCUUUAUUCUUCAACCUGCUUGUCAUGUUAACAAUAUUUGCAUCCUGUACUCCAUUGCCAUCUUCUAAACUGUUUAUAGGUCUGAUUUCUGUCUCUAACUUAUUUAUGGGAGUCUAUACUGGUAUUUUAACUUUCUUGGAUGCUGUCUCUUGGGGAAGAUUUGCUGAAUUUGGCAUAUGGUGGGAGACUGGCAGUGGUUGCAGAGCGGCUGGGUUUCUUGCUGUCUUUUCGUCAGAAAGUGCCAUUUUUUUCCUGAUGUUGGCAGCUGUUGAACGGAGCUUCUCUGCGAAGGAGAUCAUUAAAAAGGGGAAAAGCAAUCGCCAAAAACAAUUUCAGAUUGCAGCAGUUUUUGCUUUCCUGUGCGCUGUGGUAGCGGGAUGCUUACCACUUUUUUACAAAGCGGAGUACUCUGCAUCACCCCUUUGCUUGCCCUUCCCCACUGGAGAAACACCUUCGUUAGGUUUCACUGUAACUUUAGUGCUCCUGAAUUCAUUAGCAUUUUUGCUAAUGGCUAUUAUCUACACUAAACUGUAUUGCAACUUGGAGAAAGAGGACCUCUCCGAAAACUCACAGUCCAGCAUGAUUAAGCAUGUCGCUUGGCUAAUCUUCACGAACUGCAUCUUUUUCUGUCCUGUUGCAUUCUUCUCAUUUGCACCACUGAUCACUGCGAUUUCUAUCAGCCCGGAAAUCAUGAAGUCUGUUACUUUGAUAUUUUUCCCACUGCCUGCUUGCCUGAAUCCAGUCCUGUAUGUGUUCUUCAACCCGAAGUUCAAGGAAGACUGGAAGUUGCUCAGGCACCACAUGACUAGGAAGAACGGAGCGGUGGCAAUUGCUGUCAACGCUCAAGGGGGCUGCGUGACGCAGGAUUUUUACUAUGACUGUGGAGUCUACACGCAUUUGCAGGGUAACAUUGCUGUGUGUGAAUGCUGCGAAUCGCUCCUGUUAUCCAAGCCCGUGCCCUGUAAACACUUGAUCAAAUCACACAGCUGCCCCGCGCUGGCAGUGGUGCCUUGCCAAAGGGCGGAUGGCUACUGGUCAGACUGUGGCACCCAGUCAGCCCACUCCGAUUAUGCAGAUGAGGAUGACUCCUUUGUGUCGGACAGCUCAGACCAAGUGCAGGCCUGUGGCCGUGCGUGCUUCUACCAAAGCCGAGGGUUCCCUUUGGUUCGUUAUGCCUACAAUAUACCAAGAAUUAAAGACUGAAAAGGCCUUUUGCCAUCAGCUGUUCUAAUAAAGAGGUAUAAUCCUUCAUAGACUGUUGCCUGUUUUGACCUUUCCGAGCAGGAAGCACUUUUGUAAUCAUCGCUUAGUGUCACUUGUAAAGAAGGGAAGUGGGCAGUAACUUCUUGAGCCAUACGUUUAAAAAUAAUGAAACAAAUAAAUCAAUUGCCCUGACUGUAAUUGGUAAACCAAUUGUUACCCAAUAUUUUUACUCUUUUCCACACAGUAGUGGUUUCUUUUAUACAGUUUUUUACAUGCUAAUGGUGUGUUUCCACAUUGUACUCCAGUUGAACUUUGCUUCUGCUAUUGGCGAGGUAAGUUCUGUUGAUUUUUUUUUUUCUUUUUCCUGCCAAAGCACAAUUUAAAAGACAGAUGUUUAAUAGUAAAAGAAAUUAUUUUUAAAUGUGACUUUUCUAUAAUUGAGCAAAAAACCUCUCUUGCUAGCUUUGUAUAGUGUAUUCAGCAUUGAAUCUCAGGAUGAAUUUUACUGCAGGGCCAAAAAUGGGAUUAAUUCUCCCACACAUAACUGUGACAGCAAUAUAGGAAUACCAUGUUUGUUUUGUAUUUCAGAAUACUCAAUUUUUAACAAAAACGUUUUGUUGCAAUCAAGCACCUGUAAUCCACAAUACCUGUAGAUGAUGAAAUAAGAAUGUUAACAGCUGUCCGGAAUAAUAAGGUUGAACACGUUUUUCCAGUGAUGAUGCGUUACUUCAGGUGAACCACAGCAACUUGCUUCAGUAUUAGGCAGUCACAUCACACUGUUGGAAGGAGUAUUGAUGCAUCGGGGGGUGUUAGCAGUGCUGUCAUUGUACACAGCUCAUGUCUUUGCAGAAAGACUGGCUAAUACUCUGCAGCCUGUAGAAUGUUGCAGUGCCCCAAUAAUACCUAUGAAUAGACUGAGAUUUUAGCAAAUGGAGGGAAAACAGAAAGCAUUUUUGCAAUAAAGCAUUUUUCCAAUUAUUUUACUGAGUGAAGUGCACUGUGCAGAGUCACUGAUUUUCAUGUAAAUCAGUGCAAUAGUUUUAAACCAUUGAAGUCCUGAGACCCAAAUGAUUUAAGUACAAUCAGCGAUCCAUUUAUCUAUAUUUAGUUUGAAAUUGAUUGAUACAAAAUUAUGAAUGCAUGAUUAAGUAAAUAUAUGUAUGUUUCUUCAACAGUACGCUAAAUUUAAGAGCAAAUCCACUGCCAUCCCAGUUACUCUGGAGACAUUCUUGUUAAGAUUUAAAGCUAGAUUGCUGUUUCGAGAAUUAAAUUGUAUAUACUGUUCAUACAAUGAAUUUUUAUCUUUGUAUUGUAAAUUAUUUGAUAGAACACAUGAUGGGAAAUGUGGCUUCAGUUCAUUUUGUUAAUUAAAGCUACCUCCUAAACAAUAGUGGCUGCCAGUAGCAGAAUGUUUAAAAUGUGGUUUAUAUACUUUUUGCAUUGUAAAUAGACAUGGUUGUAUAUUGUCACUGUAAUAAAAACAGAAUCCUUGUAUAUCAAAAUCAUGUAGUUUGUACAAAAAAUGGGAGGAUUAUUUACUGUAUGCUGUUAAUUUUGUAAGCCAAAAUAUUCACAUGUAAAACAAAAGGGAAGAAAACCAGUCCAGAGUUGUUAAUUCUUAUAUUUACACUCAUGAAUAUUACAUCUGCAAUUAGCAUGGAAUGUUACACUAAAAGCAAAUAAAGGGAACAUGAAUAUUGAUUGUUAUUUAUCUCAAUUUUUCAAAAGUUUAAGGCUGAAAAUGGCACACGUAAAAUUAUUGAGCAUAAAUAAGGUGUCAUCUGCUCUCUGCUACCUGUGGUGAGAGUUUUGGGAAACAAUUGCCAGAAAAAAUAAGAAAGCUGCUAUUUACAAGUGGAUUUAUGAUCUUGGACUAAUGCUGACUCUUGGCAUGCAAAAGGUUAAAACCUUCAGAGAAGUGCUUGCCCUCUUACAAAGCAGUCUCUUUAAUAAAGAUUUACAUAUUGUGUUUGAGUUGAAAUGGUUUUGGAAUGGCUUAGAAAAAUAUACAGAUGAUGAAUUUGGUUUUGGUACUAUUUCUGUGCUGAGAGUUGUGGGUGGGUUUUUUUAAAGCCAUAGUUUUGUCAGAGCCCAGCCUGUUCCACGCUCCCUCUAUUGGCCAGCCACUCACAGGUAACAGGAAUACUUCCCAUGGGAAUACUUCUCAAAAAGGACGAUAAAUGUCAGCUGCCAUUUCGUAAUCGGUAAGGAAGGAAGUCCAACCAUCCAGCUUCCAGAAAGCCUGUUGUAUUUUCAAACAAUGUUCUUUGGUAUGCAUUGAUUUCUUCCUCUGUUUUACAAAUGAGUCUUCACUGAAAUGCUAUUAAAAUGCUCAGAUGU